AUGUAUAAACUUGCAGAGAAACCGUUUGAUUCGCCCAAAAAAUUGAUUUUUGGACGAAAAGAAGAUUUCAAUAGGAAAAAUGUGAAAAUCUCGUCAAGAAGUGAAUUUUGGAAACAAAAAGUGAGUUUUUGUUUGAUUAUUAUGAUCGGUAGAGUCUAGAAACGGAGGACUUUUGGAAUUUUCGUCCAAUCUUUUGUAAUAACGUCACUUCUCUUGAAUCUCUAGUUCUUGAUAAAUAUUUUCACUUCGCAGUCUAUUUUCAGUUCAAUAAUUCAGUUUUUCAGCUUGGAUUCCACCACCGAUCAAUCAAAACAGAAGUAGCCACCUUGCCAGCCAGAAAACAAUUCCCACCACCACCGAAAAUUCAAAUAAAUUUUUCUAUGUACUCAAAAUUCAAUUUUUAUUUGUUGAAAUUAUAUUUUUAUCAUUUUUACAUAUAAAUUGUAUAAUAAAUACAUCACAAGUUCCAUUCUAUGUGUUAAAAAUAGAAAAAUUCCUAGGGCGACUGAAAAAUGAAAACAAAACCCAUUUCCGGCACACAAACACAACUUGCGUAGCUAAACCGUACCUAUUUGUGUAGCUAAACCGAUGUCAGCGGCUGACAUCGGUUCGUCUACGCUUAAGCUACGUACGCAAACGCUGAGUUAUAUGUCAAAAAUAAAUCAAUAAUUACAGCAUGAUUGGCUGAAGAAUCGAAUCCAUAAUUGUUAUUUUCAGUGAGUUUUUAAUUUUUUUUUCAAAAAAAACUUCACCAGCCUAUUUGUUUUCCAGAAAAUCCUGA